AUGUUCUUACCGACCCUCGUCUCUCUUUUUUUCAUAUCUUCGGCAACAGUCCGAGCUUCUCCAUGCGUCGCUUUUGAUGCCAAUUGGAACCUCCUUGCUUUCAACCUCAACGGCAAAGACUGGAACGCGGGCACCCAAGACACAUGGUCCAGCAGCACUGCAGCCACAGACAUCACAGCAUCCAACCGACCGCCAUUUGAUGCAGCUAACACUACAUGCUACCUCUCGCAGUAUGCCAACGCGAUCUAUGCCAUCAAUGCCGAUUCCAAGAAUCCUUCCUCUCUUUACAUCUACGAUGCGGCUGCAAAAUCAUGGUCCAUGCAAGCGGUCAAUGCUGGUUCUUUCGACUACACGUCUUUCGGCGCUAUUCUGGACCAUGACACGAACGUCUUCUAUGCGUUGUCACAGGGAAAUCUCUUCUCCCUAGACAUGGGUUUACUUAAUGCGGCCAAUAGUACACCAUUAAGCUGGACUAACGAUGAACAAGUGCCGUACCCUUCGGAUUACGUUCCAGUCAUGGCUCUUGCGCAAAAUCACAUUCACUUCCUAGACGUCCCCAACGUCCCUGCUGGGAGCGCAGAUAUCUUCGUCAUUCAUUACUCCUACUUCCAACCGCAGUCUCAAGCCUACCCGCUCCCAGAUGGGAGCGCAUUCCCUACCACUUACGGCCAUGUUGCCUCAUUCUUCCAGGCGGACAACACAGUCCAGCAAGAGUUCGCAUUCAUUCCCGCAGAUUCCUCUGCGACGUACGUUGUUAAUGUUGAGACAAACACCACUCAGGCACUAGCGGCGCCCACCACCAAGGAUUCCAAAGCGACAUACUUUGCUGGUGUCACAGCUCUCGUGCAGCUCACAAGCAAUGGCACCGUGUCUUACCUCCCUUACCUUGAGGGUAACACGAGUACGAACAUCGCUGCAACAUGGGCUACUGUGAGCAACCUCGCGGCAGCUGCCCCACCAUCGUCAUCAUCCUCUUCGAGCUCCAGCGGAUCGAGUGGCAACACUUCCGGCUCACACAGCACGACCGGUCCAAGCGCGACCGCAUCUGGAGCCGCUUUGGGCGCAAGCGUGCAAUACAGCGUAUUCAUCACUUGUGUUCUGUGUUUCGCUGCGUUCGUGGUAUGA